ACUAAAUUUUUUAUUUCACCACCAGGGUCAGUAAAUAGCAAUGGCCUCCGCUGUAAGGACUGUCCGUCGCCAAGUGCGACCAAUUUUAUCUAUUGAUCAACCCGAAGCACGAUCGAGAGUUCUUAACUUGUACAAAGCAUGGUACCGCCAAAUCCCAUUUAUUGUUCUGGAUUACCAUAUCCCGAAGUCGGAGAAACAGUGCAGACAGAAACUUCGCGAGGAAUUCAUGAAGAAUGCUAAUGUGAAAGACAUCAGAGCCAUAGAUCUGCUUGUUAUCAAAGGUCAAAUGGAACUAAAGGAAACUGUGGAGAUUUGGAAGCAGAAAGGAACGCUCAUGAACUACUUCAAGGAAACGGAGGAAAAGAAACCCACAGAUUUUCUGUCUAAAUUUUUAUCUGGGCAGGAUUAGUUUGAAUGUGUGCGUACACUUUUCGAGAUAGCUAACGUUAUAGUUUUUCAAAAUCGAUUUAGUCACACUAAUGACAAAAAAUCUGUACAAGCAAUGUCUUUUUCCUGUAAGUUAUUAUUGAAAUAAAAUGUACAUAGUAAAUCAUAA